AUGAAUAAGGCUUCGGUUUUGUGGUUCUUGAUCUACCUUUCUCUUUUCUUUCAUUCAAGUUAUGAAAGMAACAACACAGGAACGAAUUCUACUKAUCCAAAUCCAAAAAACGAUGCCGCGUCCCGAGUUASCAASGAAAUUAGCUUAGCAUUCUGGGUAAUUGUUGGCACAGUAGCUGCACUUUGUAACAUUCUCAUCAUCCAUGUCAUCAGAGUCAACUCGCACAUGCACACGAACACCAACUACCUCAUUCUCAAUAUGGCGGUUGGUGACAUACUCGUAACAAUUUCCAGCGCCUCGGGCUCAUUGUAUUCACUGUUUAAGGGAUCUGAAUGGGAGCCUGACCAGUAUUUGAUUGGAUAUACCUUUUGCAAAGCAGUUUAUUCUGUGUAUCAUAUCUCGAUGCUCUGCUCCAUAUUCAGUCUUGUUGUGAUCACCAUUGAUCGAUUCCUGGCUGUCACACGUCCUCUUAAGUACAAGUGCUACUCUUCCUGGACAAAGUACGGUAUAAUUGCAAUUUGGUUGGCAUCCCUGACAAUACCAAUCAACUACACAGUGAAACGAAUCAAGUUUGAAAAGGAAACGGGAAAGUUUCAUUGCAAAGCACAGCCAUCUCAUUUCGAUGCAAUGAUGAUUUUUAGCCUCGGAUUUGUUAUUCCACACAUUGUCAUUGUCAUUCUUUACAUGGUUGUCGCAUACAAGCUCUGUAGAAGAAAAGUUCCUGGUGAGCAUGCUCGAGAAGUGAAUUCCCAGACCGCUUCCCACGAAGUCGCCAAGAAAGUCACUUAUAUGAUCAUUUGCAUAAUAGCUGCUUUUGAGGUGUCAUGGUGCCCAAUUUUCCUCGGUUACAUUUUCCCGUUUUUGGCCCAGGAUGAAGCCUUUUCAUCUCAAGAAUCAAUAGAUGCCAAACAGUAUGACAUUGUUGUCUUGUAUAAAAUUCUAAUGAUUUUCAAUGGCAUUUUCAAUGCGUUGAUCUUUGCGAUUUUUAACGAAAGAUUUCGGCAAGCAUUCAAGGCGACCUUGUCUUGCACAUCUUGUUUUWCGGCCCUGCGAAACAUUAGGCAAGAUAGAGUAGUCAGUGAUAAUAYCGCCCCAUAAAAUCGUGUUUUUGGCAGUGCUCUAAAGUAGCAGUAAUCCCCUCAUACGGUGUUUGUAAAUAUCUUAUUAGCAUGGACACCUGGGGCAGUUUGUACAAAGGGCGAAUAGCGUCAUCAAGCGGAUAAAACAUUCUCCAGCGGAUAAAAUCCAUACAAAAUCUAUGGAUUCUUGUCCAUAGCUUAAUCCACCCUUCAUUUAUUCGCCCCCUUGUAGAAAAGAACACAAUGGAAAUAAUUAAAAAACCUUCAUGUUGUGUUCAUUUUUUCUUGUUUUCUCGUGUUAAUU